CGCUCUCCUCCCCCUUUCGGGGGACUCGUCACAGGCAGAUAGCACUAGCACAGGCUACAUUACAAGGAGGCAGCUGGUGAAUAGGAUCAGACUGAGAGAGAUUCGUACCGCUAACGCUGGACUAAAACAAAAGAAAGCACGGAAUGGACUAAAGCAGGACGGCGCUGAGUCGCUCGGUUUCUCUCUGCCAUCUGUCACCGACUGACGGACUUCGUUUCGUGUGAUUUCGCGCUUCGACCACCGUGAUACAACAAUUCAAAAUGCGCCUGGGCUGGCAGUUUGAACUGUGAUGGGGAGACACUGUGUCGUUGUAACGUUGGAUAUCGAUCAGCUUGUUUAUCUUGCGUCGAUUUCUACACAUUUCAACUUGAUGGAUCUAGUGUGUCGAAUUGUUUUGUGAGGAAAUACGUUUAAAAACAAAAGCCGAAGCGCAUCGGUGUCGGCUAGUUUGCUAGCGACUGUUAACUAGCAUUGCUGUUAGCCUACUCCUCAUGGUGGACAUUUAAAUACACCUCAAGUGAAUUUAUCGUCGCCGUUAUAGUAAAGUGUUGGGUUUUAUGAGGAAAUUACUUGAACAGUUUCAAGUUUCUUCUGAUAAAGAGCUUGUCAACACGGCUGUUCUCUUGGGCUGUAUUUAUAACUCUGUCAGAGACUAUACUGUAAAAAUGAAUCACCACGACCGGUCCGGUGACUCCGCCAGCGCCCGUAAAAUGGUUUACCCGUUGAACUUACCCAGACGGGAGAGCAACAGCACGGUGGGUGGCUCCUCUUCUUUGACAACUUCUGGAAGUAUCAGCCUUAACAGCAACAACAUAAUGCUGGGGGACGAUUAUUCACAACCUGUGAUGGUUCAGUCUCAACCACCGGCCACAUCCUCACAUGGGCCUCAGAACCCUCCGCAGAGCCUGAAUAUUCCCAUGCAAUCAACCAUGUUACCCCAAACUGCUGUGGCACAGAUGAAAAAGAAAAGUGGCUUUCAAAUCACCAGCGUUACCCCGGCUCAGACAUCUGUCAGCACCAACAACAGCAUUACUGAAGACACAGAGAGUUGUGAUGACUUGGAUGAAUCCCACACGGAAGAUCUAUCCUCCUCUGAGAUCUUGGACGUGUCCCUUUCACGAGCUAACAAUGCCGGGGGACCGGCAAGGAGCUCCUCUGAGGAAACACUAAAUAACUUCCAUGAGGCGGAGACCCCAGGGGUUGUGUCGCCCAACCAACCACCUAUCCUUACCCAGGCACACCCACAUAGCGUUAUGGUUAACGGAACCGUUCACCAACAUCACCAUAAUCACGCACAACAUCCUGCUACAUCUGGAAAAGCCCAUCCUACUGUCGUGGGAGCUGGUGGGCCACAGGUCGGAAUACCAAUACCAGUGACAUCUGCUGUGACCUCAAGUUCUGGAGCUUUGGGCCAGAAAAUGCCUUCAAAUGUGGUGGGAAUUAUGGAAAAUGCCUCUGUCGGCACUACCAGUGUCAUCUGUCAGCCUUUGGCUACUGUUGCCUCAGGAUCUGGAGUGAUUUCUGUGGCUUCAGGUGCCACUGUUAGCACUGGUAAUGCUCAAACAAGUAAUGUUUGUAUGUUGAAUUCUGCCGGUGUGCCUGCUUUGGGUGGCAAAAGUUCCACUGGAAGCAGUGUAAAUUACGCCACUGGAUUAAAUAGUAUUAGUAACCAAAAUGUGAACUUGACACAGAUUCAGAGUGGAAUUAUUGGUGUGGGCAUCACCAUGGCAACCACAGGUACCACUGUUUCUAGUGUUGCUGCAACAGGCGGUGGGCAGGUGGGGCCAGCUGUCAUGGGUCAGCAUGCGGCGCCUGUCCCCUCUGUCCCUGUGCUGAAUGCCCCGCCUCAGGCCCAAGUGCCUACCCCUGCCUCCACCAGCUCACGUUUCAGAGUGGUUAAGUUGGAUUCAACCUCUGAGCCUUUCAAGAAGGGUAGAUGGAUGUGCACCGAGUAUUACGACAAGGAGGGUUCGAAUGCAGCAUCCUCUGAACAUGCCCCCAUUACCCGAACAGUGGAAAGCAUCCGCCAGCUUGUGCCUGAAAGUGUGGUGUGCCAGGAGAGUGGGAUUUCUGUCAACAGCUCUGCCAGCCAGAGCAGCGGUGAGACUGGCGGGCCCUCAGCUGUGCAGCAGACCUUCCAGCAUCCUUCCGCUCAAAAGCAUGAAUACUCUGCUUCUAACGUGCCCAUGUCGCACAUGCAACCACAGGACACGAUGCAUGGAUAUAUUAAGACUAAUGUAGUUACCCCAAUGCCAGCGAGCAUUCAGCAGCAGGGCCAAGCAACUAUAGGAGGGUUGCAGACCACUUUAGGCCAUUCAUCUACGUCUGUGCCCCUUCAUAUGCCUAAAUUAACAUACGCCCAGGCAGCGCAGUCCUCUUCUGCUCAAACUCUUCCAGUGGUUACCCAGCAGCAGAUGGGUUACCCACCGGCACAGCAGCCAGCGGCACCAGCCCAGGUAACAUCGGCCCAUGUAAACCCCUUAGGUCAUGGAGGCAGUGUACAAGCUGACUUCCCUCAUUCCAAGCAAAUCAUCAACACUGUGGCACCUGGAUCACACGCAUUGCCCCAGCUGUCAGCAUCCAUCCCAACUGUAGCAGCGUCUGGGAACGGACAGCUGAUAACUUCACAGCAACCUGUGCAAACCCCUGCUGCUCAACCACUUCCUCAAGGGCUUCUGCAGCCACAACAAACAACCACCCCUCAGUUGGUCCAAGUGCCCACUGGUGGUGUCAUGCCUCAGCUUGUGCAAACUGGGACCGGUCUUAUACAACAGACCCAGGGGCAGCAACUCACCCCUCAACCUUCUAUGGAGCAACAAUUACAGCUCAGCAGUCAAGGCCGCGGAGCCCAGUUUAUCCCGUCUGUGACCUCCGGCCUGCCCACCCAAAACGUGCCUCCAAACAUUCAGAGUGAUCCGCAGUCCAGUGUGGUCCAGAACAGCUCUAAGGAGGCAGGGACGCAGCCUGCGGGUAGCGCCUUGCCCUUUGUGAUGCCGCUCGAAGAUGCUCAGCUCCUUCUGUUACAGCACCAGGCCUUGCUCGCACAAACCAAGCCAGCCGGUGGUGAAGGUGGCUCUCAGGCCGCCGGCUCCCGUGGUCCAGAUGCCUUAUCUGCAUCAGCCAGCCUGCUGAAAAGCCUACCUGUAGAUGGAGAGGAGGAUGGCUCGUCUGGUGCCAGUGUUGUGGCCAUAGACAACAAAAUUGAACAAGCAAUGGAUCUUGUGAAGAGUCACUUGAUGUACGCUGUUCGGGAGGAGGUGGAAGUUUUAAAGGAACAGAUUAAAGAACUAAUUGAGAGAAAUUCUCAACUCGAACAGGAAAACAACCUGCUGAAGAACCUGGCAAGUCCAGAGCAACUUGCACAGUUUCAAGCACAGGUUCAAAGUGGUUCACCGCCUACAUCCACCCAAGGAACACAGCCACAGGCCCCAUCAGCCCAACUCGCAGGACAAAACACCGGACCCUCGGCAUAGCACACAAUGAAUGUUCCUGUUAAAGGCAACGAGUGGCCCGCAACGUAAAGGAAGCUCAGAUCGAAGCUCAUGCACAAACAUGUCCUACUCGCAUGUAGACUGACAAAAUUUGCACACCUUUCAAAACUUGAUAAUUGUACUGAGCUCAUUUACACCCCGAUGACAAUCCAGUUGGCUGUUGUCCGAUGUUGCCAAAAUCCAAGGACUGCGAUUGUCAGGUGGAGGAAAACGAUCCGAGGGGACACGACAUAUUAAACUAUCACUGUGCCUGUGUCUAAAGGCUGUUUUUCAUGUCUUGCUUACCUUUGUAGUGUAAAUGCUGACUGCGGUCUUUUUAGACCGAGCUUAUAUUAACAAGCACUUUUACGGUGACGAAUGUGAUGAAACUGAGGCUCUGCCCAUCUGGAAUGGGGAAGGUCGAUGCAACGACGACUUCCAUAGUUGCAUUGGUUUAUUCAUGAUAGUUGAAUGAAGUAAACGGACGAGCUGUUUUGCUUUAUAUCCUCAUUCUUUCUCUUGCAAAUUCAAGGCUGCUUACCCGCGCAGUGCAAGAAUGACCGAGCUAAAUUUCGAGGCGGACAGGCAGAUGUAUAUUAUUGUACGAUUAGUGUAAGUAUUUUGUAAAAUAGCGUUAUCAUACGAAACGGUUAAAGAGACACUAUAUAGGUUGUACAGUUGAUAAAGGAUAGAGAGAGAUAGUUGUUGGCUUGCCCAGGAGAUAUCUUUUUUAAUGCUGUUAAUGCAAGAUCAGUCUUGUGAUAUUUAUCUGACAAUUGGAAACUACUCAUCUAACACCUGCUGUACGCUACUUUGUUCACGAUUUGAAGUAUUAUACACAUGUUUUCAGUUUUGACAGUGAGGUAUUUUGGAUCAGUCUUUUAACCUACAAUUACUCUUGACUAUCAUAUAGCUGACAGAUUUAGCAUUGUGUACAAGUGGGUAUGCUUAUGUUCUGUGCAUGUUCUCAAACCAGGAGAUAAGUUGUAAAAUACUGUAAUUGCACUUGCCAGUUGCACUUCACAACUCUCAAUAAAGUCAUGUUUGUGAACAUU